AUGUGAUAUGCAGAUAAAAUUUGUCAAGUAAAUUUCAGAGAGCUUGCGGCAGAAGGAUCAAGACCACGAACGGCCCGAGGUCAAAAUUUACGUCAUAAUCUCAACUAUGAGAGAGGUGGAGCUUUUUCGCUGAAGUAUGCACACGAUGAGUCCAAGAAAAUACCAGGAAUUCACAAGCAUAGGCUGUCACAGAUCGCAAAAGCUUUGAAAAUACCCCAAAACGUAGAGAACUUCGCGUAGAUACCUGAAGAAUCCUUUUUCAAUUUUCUUCUUCGUCUUCGCACCGGCACUAGUUACGGUAUAUUGGCAGGAAUAUGCAAUGGGGAGACAUCGAAUAUCUCUAGAGCUUUGUCAUUGGUAUCACGUCAUAAGACCGAAGUUGGCUGUCACUAGGGCUACUUGGUAGCCUGACCGUAUGAAAGAUAAGGGUCGGACGCUUGUGGAGGCCAAAAAAUCAAUUGAAGGCGCCAGGAUAGUUGCUUUCAUUGAUGACACACAUAUGUGAAAGUUGCCUGGCACCACAAUCAGGCUCAGCAUGGAUAUGGUGUUGCCCCAAACGUAGUUUACAGUGGCCAUAAAAAAUCCCACAUUCUGAAAUACCAGGCAGCAACUACCCCCGAUGGAAUCUGCAUUGACCUUGCGGGUCCUUCGGCCGGUAGUCAGCAUAUGAUUCAUUCCUGUUCAUGUACAACGGCCUACAAAACAGGCUCAGAUCUGCCUUAAAAGCUGACAAUCAACAAUACAGGGUGUACGGGGACCCUGCAUUCAGAAGCCCAGACGUUCUGAUAGUCGGCCACAGAGGUCGAGUGCUGACUUCAGACGAAAAAAAGGCAGAGUAUGAUGAUGUCAACCUCUCGUGCCUCUAUUAAGUGGUUCUUCGGAGCUAUGAAUAAGAAUUUCCGGAUUUUCAACAGUAACGGUGCUCGAAAAUUAAGGGUGUGAAGAGAUGUGGAGCGUACUAUCCGAUGGCAGUGUUUUUGACGAACCUCGAACACUGCUUGGAGGGAUUGCAGGCCUCGAGAUACUUCCAAAUCGAUCCUCCAACAAUGGAAGAACACAUGAAAGGAGUUCAAUUUCCCAAAUUAUUUGAUGGUACUCUAAUCGACCUCACCGGACGCAGAAACCCCAAUCCAAAAAACCCCACGAAUAUCGGUUUUGUUUCGUUGAAUGAGCUUGGAAUGUAA